AUGACAAUGGUGGCGAUGGGUUUGACCUGCAGUUGCAUACAUCAACUGACUGCAGCAGGCGUGGGGGAUGAUGCAUCCAAACUCAAUCCAGCGGUGAGAGAAAUUACCGCCAAAUACUGCCGGUUCUGUCCCUUUCCUUCUACCUGCAAUCAAACCGUCACCACCACUACUACCACCAGUCGACAAUCAAUUGACGUGCUCCCACCCAUCCCUCUCGUUCGUCCUCCCCACAUGCUCCGGCCAUGUCUGCAUCCAUUCCCGCGAGCGCUCCGCUCUCUCGCCAACGCCCGAUGUAGAUCCCUCCGACCUCUCCGCAUCCACCAUCCUCUCCAACCCUUCACCCACUACCCAGUCCGACAUGUCCAGACGUCCGCAAUCGAGUCGGAUGAUCGCGUCCCUCUCCGGAAGCAGCUCAAACAGAGCGCCAAGGGUCUGAAGGCCCAUAAACGGGAGAGAAGAGCGGCCGAAGAGGCGUCGCGACAGAAAUGGGAGCUGACCGUCGGUAUUGAGAUUCAUGCGCAACUCAACACUGAAGCAAAGCUGUUCUCGCAGCCUUUUGCGCGAAACGGCUACGUAGAUCUGUUCGGCUACGACGGGAUUGCGCCGGAAGAUGGAGACAAGGUCCGCGUCGGCAUCAAACAGAUCCAGCUCGAACAAGACACUGCCAAGUCUCAAGAAUACCCUCCCUCGACUCAACUGCUCGACUUCAACCGCGUCUCGCACCCCCUCGUCGAAAUCAUCACCAUGCCCGAGAUCCACACCCCCGCCACGGCCGCUGCCUGCGUUCGAAAAAUCCAAGCGAUCCUCCAGUCCUGCAGUGCGGUGACUACCGGAAUGGAACUUGGAGGCCUCCGAGCCGACGUCAAUGUCUCGGUGCGCCAGCGCGGCGAAACCGCCGGCACCCACCAGUACGGCGGGAUCGGUGGUCUCGGUCAACGCACGGAAAUCAAGAAUCUGAGUAGUUUCAAGGCAGUCGAGGACGCCGUCAUCGCCGAGAAAAACCGUCAGAUUGCUGUCUUGGAGAGCGGCGGGGCUAUAGAGGGCGAGACGCGUGGGUGGACAAUUGGCAGCACCGAAACACGGAAGCUCCGCGGCAAAGAGGGCGAGGUGGACUACCGGUACAUGCCCGACCCUGACCUCCCCCCUCUCAUCAUUGGCGAGGAUCUUGUGGCGGAGCUGGCGAGGACCUUGCCCACGCGCGGCGACGAGUUGAUCAACAUGCUCCGGAGUCAGGAGUACGGACUACCGGUGGAGGACGCAAAGCCGCUCAUUGAACUGGAGGACGGAGCCCGUCUGGAAUACUACCAGGAUGUGGUGGAUAUCUUACGUGAUCUGCAGCAGGAUCAGGACCCCAAAGCUCGUGGGGGACUUGCGCGCGCGGCGGCCAACUGGGUCCUCCAUGAGCUCGGAGGUCUGUUGACCAAAGCGGACCUGCCCUGGGAUGCACAGCGGGUUCCCGCCGAGUCCCUCGCCCAGCUGGUCGAUCAGGUUCAGCGGAAGCGUAUCACCGGCCCGACCGCGAAGCAAGUACUGGCCAUGGUAUUUGAUGGUGACCCGCGGUCGAUCCCACAGCUAUUGGAGGAAGAGAACUUAUUGCUUCGUCCACUCUCGCGGGAGGAAUACAUCGCACUAGCGGAGGCAGCGAUCAGCCAAAACCCGCAGAUGGUAGAGCAGAUUCGCAGCAAGAACCAGCUGGGGAAGCUCGGCUGGUUUGUUGGACAAAUGAUGCGCAUGGGAGAGAAGGGUCGCGUGGAGGCCCCGAAAGCAGAUGCCAUUCUGCGAGAGCUUAUUCUGGGAAGCCAAUAG